GGUCGAAGAUUAACGGGAUAAAUUUAUCCUGAAAAUCAACAUGAAAUUUGCACACAAACUCCACCAAGGCACCAAGCAAGCUUGAUAUACUGUAUUAUACGUACAUUUGGUAAAAAAAAAAGAAUAAAAAAAAAUUCCACACAGUACCCCACUUCAGUCAUCAAACGAAAACCCUAAACCCUAAAAAAACACCCCACCUCCAUUCUCUAUUUCUUCUUCCUUCUUCAACAUAGGAGGCGAAGAGAGAGAAAGUGAAAGAGCAGAGGAGAGAGAAAGUAGUAAUGAAGACGUAUUUGCUAUUCGAAUCCUCAUCUGGCUAUGGGUUGUUUAACGCUGAAGGUUUAGAUGAAAUUGGGCAGAACACCGAAGCUGUUCGUAACUCUGUUUCUGACCUUAAUCGCUUUGGUCAAGUUGUCAAGCUUACUGCUUUUCAGCCCUUUGAGUCUGCCCUUGAUGCUCUUAAUCAAUGCAAUGCUGUUUCUGAAGGUAUUAUGACUGAUGAAUUGAGAAAUUUCUUGGAGCUAAGUUUUCAAAAUUCCAAGGCCAAGGAAUUUAUUGUUGGAGUAGCAGACUCUAAACUUGGAGCCAGUAUUUCUGAAGGGACUAACAUUUCGUGCAGAAGUAAUGAGUUUAUGUUGGAGCUUCUCCGUGGUGUUCGUUUACACUUUGAACAUUACAUCAAGAAUCUUAAGCCUGGGGAUUUAGUGAAAUCUCAAUUGGGUUUAGGACACAGCUACAGCAGAGCAAAGGUCAAGUUCAAUGUUAAUCGUGUUGACAACAUGGUUAUACAAGCUAUCUUUCUUCUUGACACCCUUGACAAAGAUGUUAACUCAUUUUCAAUGAGAGUCAGGGAAUGGUAUUCAUGGCAUUUUCCCGAACUAGUUAAGAUAGUCAAUGACAACUAUCUUUAUGCUAAAUUGGCCAAAUAUAUUGAGAACAAGUCAGAGUUGUCUGAGGAGAAGCUGUCUGACCUGACUGAAGUUGUUGGUGAUGAGGAUAAAGCAAAGGAGAUUAUUGAAGCUGCUAAAGCAUCUAUGGGACAAGAAUUAUCUCCCAUUGACUUGAUUAAUGUCCAGCAAUUUGCUCAAAGAGUAAUGGAUCUUUCUGAGUAUAGGAGGAAGCUUUAUGAUUACUUGGUCACAAAAAUGAACGACAUAGCACCAAACUUGACUUCAUUGAUUGGUGAGAUGGUCGGAGCUAGAUUGAUCUCCCAUGCUGGUAGUCUUACAAAUCUGGCAAAGUGCCCUUCUUCCACCCUGCAAAUUCUUGGUGCUGAGAAAGCACUCUUCAGGGCCCUGAAAACACGAGGAAACACACCCAAGUAUGGUCUGAUAUUCCAUUCUUCUUUCAUUGGCCGGGCAUCAUCUCGGAAUAAGGGUCGGAUGGCACGUUAUCUUGCAAACAAGUGUUCCAUUGCCUCUCGUAUUGACUGUUUCUCAGAGAAGGGCUCUACCGUUUUUGGUGAAAAGUUACGUGAACAAGUGGAGGAGCGACUUGACUUCUAUGACAAGGGAGUUGCACCUCGGAAAAAUAUUGAUGUCAUGAAAGCAGCAAUUGAAACCCAAAAGGAUGAUGAUGACGAUAUGGACUUGGAUAAUCAACCUGACUCUGCUGUAAAAAGGAGUAAGAAAAAGAAAUCCAAGGAUGACGAUGUUGCGGAAGAAACAAAGUCGGAGAAGAAGAAAAAGAAAGAAAAGAAGAAAGGAGAGCAACAGGAGGAGCAAGACACUGAAGAAGAUCAUGGAGAGGGCAAGGCCGAGAAGAAAAGGAAGAAAGAAAAGCGCAGAUUAGAACAAGAACAAGCUGUUGCAAAUGAGAAGGAAGACAGAACUAUCAAGAAGAAGAAGAAAAAGAGUAAAGAUGAUGGUGAGGAUGUAUCAGCUGUAAGCGAGAGCAAGAAGAAAAAGAAGUCAAAAGAAUGAACAGGAUAAAAAGUUAUGUUUUGUUUCCUGGGUUUACCAGAUUCUGAUUCGGUUGCGGCGUGAAAUUGCUUAUAAUUAUGUAUGGUUGAUCCAUUUAAGGAUGUAGGAAUUGAUGAGAUUGUUAUUAUUAUAACAAGUUUUGAUAAUCGUAACGGGUUAUUGUCAGUUA